UGUUUUUUUUUCAGUUUUUUUUUUUUUUUUUGUUUUCUUCACUUUUCACCGAAAGAAUAUAAUUCACUUGACUUGGAAUUCAUGCACAACUCUUAGUAUUAUUAUUAUUAUUAUAAGUUAUUGUUUUUAAUUUAUAAUUUACUAUUAUUAUCAUUAUUUAUUAUUAUUAUUAUUAUCAUUAUUAUUAGUAUUAUAUUAGUUUCACAUACGUUUUCACCUUAAAUUUUUAAACAGUUCUCACUUUUAUCCCUUUUAUCCAUUAAAUGAUUUGGCUUUAGUCUCACACUUUGCUCUGUUGCUCUAUUUGUUUAUUUACUUUUGGUUUUUUUUUUUUUUUUUGAUUUUUAGUUCGUUUCACUGUAUGUGUGUUUAUAAAUGUUAAUGUGUAAGUUCUCACAUUAUCCAAUCCACUCAUGUACCCAAUCAAUCAACCAAACAAACAAAUGAAACGUUGAAUUGAAUGAAUAUUAUAAAAAUUUAAAAAAAUGAUACAAAUUUUUUAAAUUAACAAAAAAUUAUAUAUCAUGCAAUCGAAAUCAAAACAAAUACAAUCACAAUUUCAUGUAAAGUCGGUUACACGAUGCGAGAUAUCCGUUAUUUCUGGAGAGAUGGACUGAGUAGUGUUGGAAUGAGCAGUGAGGUUGAACUUCCACAGUUUCGCGUAUUGGGACACAGGCAGAGGGCGACCGAAAUAAACCUAACCACAGGAAAUUAUUCACGUUUGGCUUGUGAGAUACAAUUUGUGCGUUCGAUGGGUUAUUAUCUAAUACAAAUUUAUAUACCAUCUGGACUGAUCGUUAUUAUAUCAUGGGUAUCAUUUUGGCUUAAUCGCAACGCCACGCCAGCUCGCGUGGCGCUCGGUGUCACCACCGUACUAACAAUGACCACGCUGAUGUCAUCAACUAAUGCUGCCCUGCCAAAAAUUUCAUAUGUCAAAUCCAUUGAUGUGUAUCUGGGAACAUGCUUCGUAAUGGUCUUCGCUAGUUUAUUGGAAUAUGCCACCGUCGGCUAUAUGGCAAAACGAAUUCAAAUGCGAAAACAAAGAUUUAUGACGAUCCAAAAGAUGAAAGAGCAAAAAAGUCAACAACUUGAUGGGGUGCAACAGCCGCCCAAUCCCAAUCCAAAUGCGGGGGAUCAUGGACAUGGGCAUGGUCAUGGCCAUAGCCAUGGUCAUCCUCAUGCGCCCAAGCAAACAGUGAGUAAUCGCCCAAUUGGCUUUCAAAAUAUCCAACCAAAUAUUGGUGCUCGCGGUUGCUCGAUAGUGGGACCCUUGUUCCAGGAGGUGAGAUUCAAGGUGCACGAUCCAAAGGCUCAUUCGAAGGGAGGUACUCUGGAAAAUACGGUCAACGGGGGCCGUGGUGGUCCACCAGUUGGUGGACCUCACGGUCCUCCACCGCCAGCCGGUCCCAUUGCUGGCGGUCCAGGAGGCGGUGGCGGUGGCGGUGGUGGUGGGGGCGGCGGUGGAGGUGGAGGUGGCGCUGGCGGACCACCUGAAGGCGGGGAUGCUGAAGCGGCAGUACCAGCUCAUUUACUACAGGGAAAACCGAAAAGUGACGUUAACAAACUAUUAGGUGUCACACCUUCUGACAUUGACAAAUACUCGCGUAUCGUAUUUCCAGUUUGUUUUGUUUGCUUUAAUCUUAUGUAUUGGAUCAUCUAUCUGCACGUCAGUGAUGUGGUCGCGGACGACUUGGUCUUACUGGGCGAAGAGAAAUAAAUCUCAAUCCAAGGCAGUGUCGACAUACUACUCAGUAGAAAAAAAAUUACCGUAGUUUUUAGUGUUCUACAAAAAUUAAACGUACAUCAUUAAAAUAAUUUUCAAAAAAUAAUAAUAAUAAUAACAAUAAGAGAGUAAAAAAGAAAAAUAACUAUAAUAUUAACAUUAAAAUAACAUAAAAGUAAACAGUUAGGCUUAGGUUAAUAAUUUAGAUUAAAUAACAAAUUUCAAAAAAAUAAAUAAAUAAAUCAAAACUAUUUGUAGAAAAAUCAACAACGUAAGAACCAAAAGAAAAACAAAAACCACAGAAAAAAAAACAAAAAAUCAAAACAGCGCCCCAGUAUAAAGCUCAAGCGAAGACACGAUUACUGAAACUGUAGUAAAUUAUAUACACGAAAAAAAAAACCCGAUGUUUUUUGUUUCUUGUUUUUUUUUUUUUUUUUUUUUUUUUUUUUUGUUCAUAACUCAGCCCAGGUUAGAUGACUUUUGUUGUAUAUUUUUUAGCAAAUCUGAACAAAAAUCCAAAAAUGAUGCUUCCUUAUAGAAUCUAAAGCACAAAAAUUUUUCACAACACUAAACAACUCAAUAAGUAAAUAAAUGGCCGAAACAACAAUUGUUUGUCUUCCUUAAACACACACAAAACUAAACUCUUCUGACCUCUUCGUUUUUAUGCCCACCAAAGCCGGAUGGAAGUUCAUUAUAAAUUUCGCGAUAGUGUUUGUUACAUUCGAAACUACUCCCAACGCGAAGAUAAGGAUGAGAUUCUGACAACGAAUGGUCGUGCGCAUGGAAUUCUCACUCAGUUUAGAUAUGGUUGUCUGUCUGUCUGUCUGUCUGUCUGUCCAUUUUCUUUGCGUGCUUGUAAUAGUCGAAAAUUUCCAUCAAAUGUACGCAAAAUUAGAAAUUUUCACAAAUGACGUCUGUCCGACCAUUGCGUGAUCAUCUAUGAAUGGAACGUAUGAAAUUAAAAUAAUAUAAUUUGAAACUUGGACAUUUAUAUCUUAUUGAAUUCUGCGAAUCAAAAAUAUAUAAUUACUGAUUGACCAUAAAUCGUCAAAAAAAAACUAAAGAAAAAAAAAAGUUAAUAAAAUUUCGGAUGGCGGUGCCAUGAACAAUGAAAGGAACAUGUUCGCGAAUUCUUUCGUAUCUUCUUAGGAUGGUGGGCAAAGGAGAUUCGUUUCAAAACGAAUAUGACUUUUUUAGUUGGUUUAUCUUCAAGAUCCUUCGGCUUAUUCCAUAAAUUUCGCCCAACAAUAAAAACGAAAUAAAUAAAUAAUAAAUAAAGAGUAUAAAAAUAAAAUAUGUUUGUAAAAAUAAUCAGUAAAUAAAAACAAAAUUAUGAAAAGUGUUUUUGUUUUUUGUUUUGGUUUUCUUUUCAAAAACAGCGCUUCCAAAACAAUUUGCCAAAUUUAUAUUUUUAGGCAUACUUAUAAGCAAUUACAAAUUUUAUGGAAUAUAUAAACAACAAAUAGCCAACAAAACCAAAGUCUUAUAACAUCUUCACAACAAUACAUCGGGCUUUUUUUUUUCUUUUUCUUUUUUUUUUCAAAUUCAUUUUAUUGUUAUUAGCAUUUUUCUUGUAAUUUUUUCGCACAAUAUAUCAUAAGGAAAUAAAAAGUAAUAUGAUAACGUUUAUCAACUUAAUAAGGCAAAAUGAAACAACAAUGACAAAAACAAAUGCACUCAUAAUUCCCUUAACGAAUUCAAAUUAAACAAAAAUUUCAGUAAGUAAAAGAAAUGGAAAAAAAUUAAAUAAAA